UGGAAUAUUUUUGCAUUUUUGAAAAGUGAAAUGAAAUAAAACUUGAUUAACAACACAGUGUACGUACGUAAACAAGCUAUCCGUUCAAGGGCAAUCAUCGGGAUUUGCGCUAGUGGUGUGAUUCUCAAGUGGUUUACCAGUGACUCAUGAGUGAAGAAUUUUCUAGCCCUUGAAUCCAAUUAAACUAAAACGAUCAAUACAUUGUGGACAGCAUUUUGCCUCUAGCAAGCACGUACGUUUGAAGAAUCAUGUGGGAAAAACGGUACGAAAACAGGCGACUGAAGGCGGUCGCGUUCUGCGUACUCCUGGCCGUGUCCACCAUGCUGCCAUCGACGGACGCCCUCAAGACGAAGAGUCGCAGUAAAAGCUCCUCAUCCUCAUCCUCUUCCGGGCGCGUCUCGAAACCCAGCUCGACGAGCUACAGCAAUCCGGGCAGCUUGAGCUACAGCAACUACCAAUCGAAACCGGCCCCGAAACCGGCCCCGAAACCGUCUGCUCCGGUCGAUACCUCGAACCAGCGCAACAUUGGCUGGAACGUGAACAAUCAGGCCAAACCGGCUGGUUCCGUGGCUCAACCGGCCGUCAACAAACCGCCUCCCUACCCGGUACAGUCAAACGCCGCCAAACCUCCAUACCCGGUACAGUCGAACGCUGGGAAGCCACCAUAUCCGGUACAGCAGCACAGCAACACUCACCAGACCCAUGCCGCACCGGGAGGUCCUCCACCGCCCUACUCGCACGGACCACCGCCACCGUACUCGGCCGCAAACAAUCCCAACAUGAACUCCCGCUUUAACGAGCCCCCGCCGAUGUACAGUCCGGGCAAUCAAGGCUUCCGACCGGGACAGCCCGGUUUUGGACAGCCGGGAUCGUACGGUCAGCCCGGGUUCGGCCAACCGGGCAGCUUUGGACAGCCGAUGGGAGGAUACGGAGGGGCUGGUGGGUAUCAUCCACAGGGCGCUGGAUUCGGCGCACCGCAUGGCACGUUCCAGGGUGGUGGCUAUGCCCCACCGGUCAACUACGCCCCGCAACCAUCAUUCCCCAUUGCAGCGAUUCCGGUCGGUGCGUACAAACCGCAGAGCUCGGGCCUGGGAGUGGGCGGUAUUGCUGCCGGCAUCGGCACGGGACUGUUGGCGGGAGCGGCUGGGUCCGCACUGUACAACGCCCUCCGUCCGGAGGAUCGUGGACGCUAUCGGGAAGGGCCGGGAGGAGGUGGCGUGACCAUCAUUAACAAUGUUCCAGCAGCGGCCGGUGCUGCACCGGUGGAAGGUGCUGCCCCGGCAAUGGCAGCCGCACCCGUUCAAACGUCCCCCGGUGUUGCAGCUGCUGCUCCCGUGCCGAAUUCACCCCCAGCAAGUGGUGCAGCCGAUGGAUCAUCCAACGUCCCGCUAGCUCCAAUGCCCGGUUCCAGCGAUAAUGCGAACGCAAACGCUCCAAACGCUCCCGUACAAACAGACCCCAUGGAAACGACCACAGUCGAUCCGAACGCGAAACAGUACAUCCCACCGCCCGGUCAGUACUAUCCGGCCACCGGGCAGUACGUACCGCCGGGUGAGUACGAUCCUGCGACGGGCAUUUUCACACCGGGCCGCUACAUCGCCGAGACCAACAUCUUCCAGUCCGGUUUGUAUGAUCCACUGUCGCAGAUGUUUACGCCGGGGCGGUACGACGCAACCGGACAGUUCAUUGCCGAUCCGGACAAUCCACCACUGUCACUGGCACCGAACAGUGGUGCUGCACCUGCAGCGCAACCGGAAACGGUUACACCGGCCGUUGCUUCGCAGUUUAAAACUACAAGCGGUGCGAACAUGCCGCCAAUCUCCAAUCUGUUGGUGGCGCUUGGUGCGGUGUUCUUGUCAUUUAUUGCACGUUUUUAAAAAAGAAGUGAGCUUUGUUUUUGUUAUUUUUGUUUGUAACUAAUUUCUAGUCAUUUAACUGUCGAUUCAAAAUCGUCCAUAUUUUUCGAAAGUAUUUUCUAGCGAAACCAGUAUUUUAUUUUUUUAAAAGCAAUUUCAAACGAAAAGAAUUCUCAAGCACCUCAAAAACGCAUACCUGAAGCGAGUUUUUAAAAAGGAAGCACUGCAUGCCACGUGGUUCUAAAUCACAGCCAUUUAAAGAAGGUUAACACAACUUCAAUAAUGCAUCUUACACGGCGCGUUAGAGACAAUUGAUAUAAUUCCUUGCCAUAUGUGAUUUUGUUACUUUAUCAGCUUUUAUUGUCUGAAACGCUUUGAAGCAGGGAUUUUAAGUCUUUGGUUAACAGUAUAAUAAACAAUGGAGUGUAAGGAAAUAUUACUAGAAGCAAGCUAGAACCAACGUAAGGAUAGGGCAGCUCCCAUUUUCAUGAUGCGCAUUUACCCAACUACCAAAACUUCUGACCAGAUUUAGAGUUUUAUACUGUUUUUCCGGAUCAGUUUCCAAUCUUAACACCAUUAUUCAACACUUGAGAGAUGUUUUUCAACAGCACAGCUGUCAACACAUAUUCCCUCUGUUGAAAAACAUCGCACGAGCGUUGAAUCAUUGCUAUUUACUUUGGAAACUGACUCUUUAAAUAGUUGAUUGUCCCAGUUGUAAUUUUCUUGAUUCAAUGCUACCCAUUUAAUAACUAUUCAUUGAACUGUUUCAUGCUCUCUAGCAUCGUUUUUCUCUACAGAGACGUUAAUAACGUUGCCAUAACAUUACUUUUACAACCUGUCCACCUGUCUCUUGUAUAAAUCGGGAGAAAAUUCUCUUUCGUGGACCGGAAAAGCCAUGACAUAUAUUUACCCUACCAAAAAACCCUCCCAAGAUGAAUCUCUUUACACUAAACUUUAUACCUGAGCGAUAUAAGUAUAUAUUUUGUCUCUCUCUAGCAAUGUCGUGUCUUAAUGUGCAUGUAGCAUUUAAAAGCGUACCAAUAAAGGGAAGCGGGGCGACUUUACGUAGUGUCAGCAAACUUUACACCAUGGUAGAUCGUAA